GGAGCAGAGCCGGCGGCCAGUUCCGGGGUUGGACCAGCGGCGGGCGGGCUCCUCCUCCUUCUCCUCUUCCGAAGACGGCCGCCGCCUCGCCUGCUCCUGCGAGUCCGUGUUGGAAGGCUAUAUCGCAUGGAAGGGCUAUAGCACAUGGAAGAAAAAGCUCACACCAGGGCGUCUUUGGUUUCCAGAUUACCCAAAUAUGGAACAAAGCCUGCCGGAAGUACCGCCCAGCCUGUUCCAAAUGGGACGGCUCCUCACCUUUCAGGGAAUACGCAGAUCAUUGACAAAAAUUUCAGCAAGCACAAUGGCACCGCUCGCCUGUCUUCCUUUGCUUUUAACUGGAGGAAGUCUAACAAAUUCCCUCUGGGAAGUCGGAUCGGUAAUGAAUAUAACUCCAGUCAGGAUCCCAGGGAACGAGUGACCGGGUGGGAAAAACGUCCCCCCUCUGAAGGAUCAGUUAGUCAGGAAGUACUCAGGACCACUUCAAAGACCCCUUUUUCCAAAACAGCGAAGCAAGACAACAUGUUGGUAUCCCCUGCAGAAGAAUUCCAUCAGAAAUGUUUGCCCGGUCUGUCUAAUUCGAAGUAUGCCAAAAGUUCUUUGUUAAGCAGGACUCCCUACUCUGGAUUUAACGCCCCAAAACCGCCGUUGAACGGGGUUUGUGGGAACCAAUCGGUGACAGGCUUGCAGAGGAUUAGAGGGAAUCCUUUUGUCCCUCGGAGUAGCUCAGGGGAGAGCCUGGGGAGAUCCACAGACAAUGUCCCACCCUCUUGUGAAAAAAUGGUCCGGUCCCAAAGCUUCUCACAUUCCCUUCCAAGCUCUCUUUUGCCUCCUGCAUCUCUUACCAGAUCCCACUCGUUUAACAGAGCAGUGGAUCUGACAAGGCCUUACCAGAGUCAACACCUGCCUCUUAGACCAUCCCAGAGGUCGAAUCUCCUGUCAAGAAGUGCGCGCCAGUUAGACGCGCCCAACGGGAAUGAACCUGCGAGGUAUGAGUUUCCUAGGUCGUUGGCUGCUCUAGCACCUUCCCACGUCAAGAAACAGCCCCUCUUCAACGGUUCGGGGGACGCCUCUCCUCUGAGGUUCAGAUCAGGCCGCCCUUCAUUGCUGAAGCCCGUGAACCAGCCUUUGGGUAGAAAGACCCCUGUGGAUGGCAGCGCCCGGAAAGGCCCCGCGAAUAGUUUAAUGGAAGAUCUGGAAGAUUCCGCGGACGCUAAAAGAGACGCCGAUGCAAAAGAAACUCAGAGCAACGAUUUUGUGGAGAGCAGCUGUAAAAUGUGCAUGGAUGGCGACGUGGAUGAAAUAUCAAUAUCUUCUCUAUCCUCUUCGGAGAAAAAUGACCUUAGUGAAGAUUUUAGCGAUGAUUUCAUAGACUUGGAAGAUCCCAGCCGAACCAUCCUAAUCGGAGAAGAGAACGUUCCUGCUGAAAAGCUGGAAGGUAGAAACGGAAUACCACCACAGUUACUAUCUUUUGAGGACAACGAGAAGUCGAACUGCAAUAAUGAGGAAUGGUUGCAUAUACAUAUGUCAGUGGAUGACAAGAGUGAAAGUGCCAAACAUCCCAUUGGGAACAAUGAAAUUUCUUCGGAAAUGGAUUACAGAGCUGGUUCCUCUUUUGAGCUAUCCCCAUCUGACAGCUCCGAUGGGACCUACAUGUGGGAUGAAGAAGGACUGGAGCCCAUUGGGAGCGUCCAUCCAUGCGGCAGUUAUGAUUCCUCAGAAAUGAAUAGCAUCGAUAUCUUGAACAACCUUGAGUCCUGUGAUCUUGAAGAUGAUGAUCUUAUGCUUGAUGUCGACUUACCUGAAGAUGCACCCUAUGAUAAUGAGGAAUGUGACAAUAUGAACCGUUAUGAGCAACCGGGCAGAAAUAUUCGACAGCAAAAAGCAGAGGGACUCUGGAAGAGAACACCCCAGAGGUGGAACACUCAGGAUCAUUAUCAUCUUAGUCCCACUGAGCACUAUUCACACGUCCGAAAUGAUCUAAACAGGGGUUGCAACUAUAUCGAUUCUCCCCCUGUUAGUCAUCUUGAAGGCUACGGGACAUCAGGCUUGUAUCCACCGCUGAGGGGCUUGCCACCAAAUACUGUGUUAUUGGACGAAAUGACCCUUCGCCAUAUGGUUCAAGACUGCACGGCGGUGAAAACCCAGCUCUUAAAAAUGAAAAGAAUACUCCACCAGAAUGAUGAAAACGUGUCACUGCACAACAUCACACUCCCAAUGCCAUCAAGUCCAGAACAGCUGGAACCCGAACCAAUGUAUAAGACUGAAGAAUUAUUAAGUGAGAUCACACAGCUGAAGGAUGAUUUGAAAAUGAAAGACGAGACCAUCCAACAGCUUGAACGCCGUCUUGCCGUUAAGUGUGGCUGCCACGAAGGUACCAAGAUACCUGAAGCGACCACGGGCGGCUUUGCUGACAAAUUCACCCAGACCACUUGGCGAAGAAGCGCGCCUCAAGUACUACAGCCUUCCAGCCACCUUCUCCAUUCCGCAGACCUCAGCCAGGGAAAACUAGCAAAAGCAUCACCCACCGUGGCUCGCAGUGAACCCCCUCCUCAGGACCAACCGGAUCAUGUUGGCCACGAAGACGACAACACGGCCAUCAGCUCCGGCACUGACAGCAGGCGUGAACCAAGCACUUUAAACACACAGCGGAACGACGACGACAACUCCCUGGCGAACGCACAUUCCACCAAGAACGAAACGGUCAGAGAAAAAGCGAAAGACGUAGCCAGUCGGAAAUGGAAUGCCUCGCAGGGGAAUGCGCAGGACGGGCAGGCCAGGCUAGCCGCAAAAAGCCACAGCUCCAGGCCAAACCAGGCUUCGCCACCAAAGAUGUCAAGAGCUCUCCGAGCCCCAAAGCAGACCGUGCCAGUGCCUCCUCCAGCAACCUCUUUGAGAGACUCCAUUGUGCCUCCACUGAAUGGCCAGGCGCAACCCCAGUCUGUGUCCAACUUCUCCCUUGCAAGCAGCAGAACCCAGAGGACCUCCAAACUUCGCCCUCCGGCCAUUUCCUUCCGCCCCAAGCAGAGGACAACCUCCCAAACCGUCGUAGCUCCCGAGCAGCAGAGGUUUCAGGCUAACCCCUCGAAGCCACUGAUGCCAGCAAAAGAUGGCCCACAGCACCGAGAUCCAGCCCUUCGCCCCGGGGAGGGGCUGACUUUGCAUCGGCACUCCCGGCUUCCUAAACCAAAGACAUAGCCCGAGUGGGGCUCUCCCGGGUCCUGUCCCAUGACGCUGCUUGCUUGCCCCUUUCCUGGCCAGGAGGCCCCAGCAAGAGCCUGGAGGCACCAAAGGCUGCACAUCUUCUGAUGCUUCCUCUCCUAAUCUCCAUUUGACCCUCUUUAAAAAUGCGCAUUGCUUCUUCAAGCCUCGAUCUGCACGAGCCUGUGGCCUCUCCUGGUGGCGCCGAUGGUCGCCUCUGUCUAGGACAGUGUUUCUCAACCUUGACCAUUUUAAGGCAUGUGGACUUCAACUCUGGCUGUGGAAUUCUGGGAGUUGAAGUCCACAUGCCUUAAAAUGGUCAAGGUUGAGAAACACUGGUCUAGGAAGUUGCUGACGGAAAUUGUAUCCUUUGGAUGUCUCCUUGAAGAAUAGGUGACUACGCGGCUACCUUCUCGUUCUGGGAAUUAAUUAUAAGCGAUGGACACAUGAUGCUGUUGCUCUUUUUUCUUCUUCUUCUUCUUUUUGUUAACUCUUCAGCCAUAAGUCUGUCUCUGUAUCUCGAAGAGGCCUAUGCAAAUCGUCUCUAUUUAUAACCCCAAACUUUGUAAAAGAUGUAUAUUUAAUAUUUAAGGGAGGUUGUAUGUUUUUCGCAAGGAAGAUCCCAAAUUGCUCUCUUGUGUUUUUGGGGUCCGUAUUCAUGGUUCACAAGUGGCCGCACAAUUUCACAGGGUGAAAUGGAUAUAUUUAUAUUUAAAGUCUUACCCCGUUUGUUGUAGAUAAGCUGUAGAAUAUAUAUAUAUAUAUAUAGUGUUAAUCAGUUAUCAUGGCAUAACUGCAAAACAGUAUUUAAUAUAUAUCCCAGACUUUGGUUUAUACUGACGGUUGUCAAAUGGCACGUGAUGUGACUCUGGAAAUAAGGAGUCCAUGACCGCCAGCUUGUAAAUUUCCAUUUCAAGGCUUAACGGUAACAUUAUUUAUUGAGUUCUGUUACAAUUGAAAAUCUCAAGAAGAAGCCAAUUUGGAAUGUUUGCACAAAAUUUUUGCCAUAUGUGUAGGGAUUCAAAAAUUAUUUUUCAUAAUAAAGCUUACGUUUUUUUAAAAAAACCCUAUUUUUAAAAUGCAAAUGCAUUUAUGUACACGUACACACUUGGAGAAAUCUAGGGAAGUCAUAAAAGGACAAAACUUUUUAAUCUUUGGGGGGGAAACGAUAGAAAGUCACUGGAGACAGAGAAAUUCUGUCAGAUAGAUAGGCCAUCAAUGGAGGGUUAGGUUGAACCAGAGCCACGAAAACAAAAAGUUUUAAAUGUGGUUUAAUUGUCUUGAAAUCUUACUCCGUUAUCAAUCCGAGAACGCUGGUUUGAAAAAAAAAUGCCUCUUAAAAGUGUUAAAUAAAACUUGAAAAAUACACCAUAGCUUUGAUUUUGAGCUCUGAAUAUUACUUAUAGAACGUUUCUUAUAGAAAAAUGCAUCCUUUAAAAAAAGAUAAUCAAAAUAACCUUCCCAAAUCUGGCACCCUCCAAAUAUGUCAGGUUAAAUCUUCAUUGUCCUCAAAUAACCUAUCUUGUGCAUAUGCUAGCAGGGAACUGUGGUCUAUUUGGAGGGCGUCAGAUAAGAUAAAUUAAGCCAGGGAAAAGUAGCUUUGGUUUUCUUAAGAAGGAUAAGUAAGAAAUAUACGCAGCAAACUUAAGCUUAUCAUCAAAAGACUGACCAGGAGCUCCUAGCUGUGUUUGUUCACUUGUAAACUUUGAAGGUACGCACUGAAAUGUUCUUGAUGUUGUUGACCGGAAAAUGCUUUCUUGAGGAAAAAAUCGUUUUUCUUCAAGUGACGAGCAUGCUUUCAGCUUCAGUUGCCUUUUUUUGUUUUGUUUUGCGAUCAGGGAUAGCAGUUGAAGGAGGACGGUGUUUAAAACGGGCAGGGGUUUUCUGUCGUAAUGUUAGCCCCACGAACCUUGACAUGGAUCAGACCUUGUUUAAUCCAGGCUGAGAAGCACACCAGUCCAGGUAGCUGUGGCUGAACUCCUGGUGAAUGAGUUUGGCCCUGUGUCGGAGCAGAUGGAGCCUGUCAAGUGAGUAGUUGUCCAGGCAAGCUGACUGAUCAAUGGGGCACAAGAGUCCGCCUACUUUUGGCAAUAUAAGUAUGAGAGGAUCCUACGUAGUCACACAAACAUCGGCAACCCAGAGGGGAUCAAAAAAAAAAAAAGUGUGGGUUAUUUUGCUUACGCACCUACAACCGCCAUCUUGCUGUUUUUGACAGCUUCUGGAUGCCGGUGAUCAAGCUGUUCUUGUCCCAAUGUUUAACACCAUCUUCUCAUCCCUGUCAGGAUGUGAAUGUACCAUGUCAAAGAAAACGCCUCACCACUAAGGGGUACCUGUAGAAUUAGAUGAAAAACAGUGAGGAAAGUCAUCCCACUUCUCAGUGGCAAGUAAUAACCUUAACCCGGCUUAUAAAAGCAACUGCGUCAGGUCAAAUUUCUACAUCUGUAGCAGUAUUCCAGUAUACAUUAGGAGGCCUUCAACUAGCCUUUUUUAAAUUCAUGUUCCAAGCAUGAUUUUAAGCACCUACUGGAAAAUAACCCUUGGAAAUGACCUGUUUGCUUCUCACUUGAUGGGAAUUACCUUCCAAAGAGAGUGCUAUUUCAUUGUCCAGAGUGGCCAAUGAGAAGUCAGCUGAUGGUAGCAAAUGGCAGCAGGUGAGAGUGAUGUUCAAUAUCUAAACUGUGUCUUGAGGUAACUUGGAACUCCCUCACCCAAAGGAGGUUGGCUGAGCUGCCCUUGAGUCAUUACGUCGGGCACUGAUCAGGCAAAGCCAAGGUGGGACCUGGUGGGUUUUGAAUCAUGGUUGUGAGUCUCCCUUAUCCAACUGUCGGGGGCAACCUUCCAGAAUGCAGUUGUGUGGGAGAAAGUUCUCAUGUAUGUUUAGGGUAUCCAGUGGGUGAAAGGAAUUUCUUUCUUUCAAAACUGGCAUGCAGUAUGACUUGAAGGCUCAUUCAGGUUGAUAGGACAGGCAGCCAGAUUCCCAGUGGCCAUAAUGAUUAUAACAUUUCUUUAAAGUGAAAAAAAAAAAAAAUCUGGGAUUUUAUCCAUCACUACUUCCUGUUAACUUGCAUUGUGUCCAUUGGAUUCUACUGCAUUAUGCAAUAAUUCCCAAGGUGUUCAACCACCCCCAGGUGUAUCAUGAAGUGGAAAUGGAACCAAAUGGAUUUGUACUUGAUGAGCGUGGAGUUGUGCCUACAUUUAAAGAUCCACGGCUGAAGCAGUGAAAUAGUUUUUCAAUGUAUAUUCAUGUUUGUGAUUCAGGGUUUUUUUAAACGUUAGCUUUCCAAUGAGGAUUAAAGCUCUUAAAAUAUGUCUCCACCUCUUCAUUAUCCCAAAAUAUUCAUGGAGCUGUGGCUCGCAUGCCUACAUAAGCUGGCCUCGCAAAACCUUGCCCUGUUAAGCAUCUUCUUUCUGAACUUCUGCAUUCUUCAUGCCGUAACUCAAAGAGAAAAUGCCUCAGGUGUUUGCCGAAACUUGUCUUUAGAAUUGAUUGAUUUGUUUAAAAAAAAAUAAAAAUAACUCUGCAAUAAAUACCACCUGCCUUGCGCAAACAAGGAGUGUUACGUAUUUCAAGAGUUUGGAAUCCGAUUGUAGGGACUUGCCAACCAACUACAGCUAAGUCAGUUCUCGUGCUAGGGUUUCCUCGUCAUGCUAGGGUUUCCUCGUCAUACUGUUUGCAUGUCUGAAGCCUUUUGUGUCAUGGUGCAUUGGCAUCCUAGGGUUGAUUCCCCCCCCCCUUUUUGGGGGCAUUAUUUCUGCUUUUGGUAGACCAACCUGCUCCCACCAAAAGCAUCCUGGCACCAGACUGGCAAUUCCAUUUGGUCUGUCCGUCAUCUGAUAGCAGCGGAUCUCCAAAUACAAUGGACCUGGUCCAGCUGAAGUGUAGCUCUUUGAAAACUCCUAAAUUUAAACUUGCCCUUGCCUUUGGCCUGGUUCAGCCUCUGUGAGAUUAUCGUGUCAGUGAGUAGUGCCUUGUUGAAACCCCGAUCGUGGUUAGAGAGGAUGAGCUGGGCCUUCAGAAACUUAAGUUGGCGAUCAUGGCUGUGGUAAAGCUACUCACUGCCUGUAUGAAUCUCAAAAUCACCACGAUUAAUCAAGAUUAACUGUAGUGUUAGUCUUUGUACUAAAUCAGUACUAGCUGCAAAAUACUCUUACAAUGUAAUCUUUCGCCUAAAGGAAAAAAAAAAAGAAAAAGAUAAAAUACUCUAUAUUGGAACCUGCUUGUAAAGAUAAUUUAAAAAGCCUGUAUGUAAAGACUUUCCUCAGUGUUGCUUUAGUGAAUAAACUUCCUAAUUCCGAGUGUC